UAAGGUUUUGGGACAGAAUCGACAGAUUCAAAUAUUUCCAGUUCUACAAAGGUUGCUCAGCCGAAGCCAUGGCGAUGUGAGCUCGGGGAGCACUAAAGGAGAUUGCUCGACGGUGAGGUUGGCCGGCGGUUUCUUCAGAGGUUGGCCGGUGGUUUCUUUAGAGAUUGGUCGGCGGUUUCUUCAGAGGUUGGUCGGCUGUUUCUUCUCUCUUCUCUCUUGUCCCUUCUGUGAUACUCCGGUGACACAGGAAGGGCCAAAGGGUUCCUCUUCUCUGCUGGUUGCAGGAAAAAUGGGAAGACAAAAAGAUAAGUUUUGGCAACAUGCUGAGCAACUUGAUAGUUCACAUUUCAAAUGCAAAUUUUGUGAAAAACAAGUUUUUGGAGGGGUCACUCGACUCAAGUAUCAUUUAGCUAAGGUUAGUGGUCAUGAUGUUGCCUCUUGUGAGAAAGUAUCAUAUGAUGUCCAAGCAGAAGCUCUUCUUGCUAUUAAUUCUGAAUCAAGUAGUAAAAAGCGGAAGAGUUGUAUCAGUGGUGAGGGUAUAGUUGGUUCUUCUCCUUUGACUCCUUUAACUAUAACUAGUCAAAGGCAGUCCACAAUGGAGGAAAUGAUCCCUAAGAUGGACAAAUCAACUUGGGAGAAAUCUCUUCGUGACCUUUUUAUUAAAAAUAACAUUUCUUUCAAUGUUGUUCAAUCGGAUGCUUUCAUCAAUUUUGUGAAGUGCACAGCCCGUUAUGGUCCUAGUGUUCCUAUUCCAAGUUAUGGAACCCUUCGUGGAAGAAUAAUUCCUGAAGCAAUAAAGGACCUUGAAAAAUAUGCUGAAGAAGUAAAAUUUUCUUGGAAGCAAACUGGUUGCACAUUCAUGUCUGAUUCAUGGACUAACUUGAAGAAGUGGUCUUUUCUUAAUAUGAUUGCUUAUUCCCCGGGUGGUGCUAGAUUGACUGCUUCUUAUAUAUUUGAUAUUCUUGACAGAGAGAUUCAAAGUAUUGGCCCAAAUUUCGUGGUUCAGCUAAUUUCAGACAAUGCAUCCAAUUAUUCAAGUGCACUUGAUAUGGUUACUGGAAAGUAUCGUUGGUUAUUUAAGACUCGAUGUGCAGCCCAUGGUAUCAAUCUAAUGUUGAAGGAUAUCUAUAAAAAGUCAAUUGUUGAAGUGGAAGAGAAGCUUAGACUCCUAGUUGCAUCAGCUGAGUGGAGAAGUCUAAGAAAUUCGAGAUCUUUUGAAGUAGAUCGAGUAGUGGACACUAUUCAAAGGGAGUCGUUUUGGAAUGAUUCAAAAGAGAUUUUGAGAUUUAUGGAACCAAUCAUUCGAGUUCUCCGUUUGGUUGAUGGUGAUGGGGCUACAUCUGGGUAUUUGUAUGAAGCAAUAGAAAGAGCAAGAGAGGGUGAACUUGAACAGAAAAACAUGUUACCAAUUAAUCUUGACAAUAUUAGUGUCAAUGAUUUUGAUCAGAGCAUUGAGGAUGUUGAUAAAGAGCUAGAGAGAUUGUUGGAUGAUGUGGAUGAUAGCAUUGCUGAAGACUUGCUAUUUGGUGCAAAUGCUAGUUUUACUGAGAGCGAGACUCAACCCCCAGAUAGUAUAUAA